CUCGGUCCCCCGCGCUCGUGGGCUCUCCCAAGUUGCUCGCGCCGCCCGUUGCCCUUGGGGUGGCCGCUGUGCGGGGCCUGGUGCAGUGAGCGGUGUUUGUGAGUCCCGCAGCCAUGGUGAAUUUUGCCCAAGCUGUGCGUGACCACUGGGUUCACAUCCUUGUUCCCUUGGGAUUCGUGGUUGGAUGCUAUCUGGACAGAUGGAAUGAUGAGAGGCUGUCAGCCUUCCGAAACAAGAGCUUGUUGUACAAGAGAGAGCUGAGGCCCGGUGAAGAAAAAACAUGGAAAUAAAGGCUGUUGAUGGAGAAUAUUUUUGCUCAGUUAAUCACCUUAUCUCAUGCAUUGAAAUAAUAUGAUUAUGGUUUUAUCUUGAGAUUGUACCAAGCUACAGAAAAGAACACCUACAAUUUGUCAGUGCUACUUUAAUUUCCAUUGUUACUUUCUGAAAGGUGAUUUAGUUAUAUAGCUAAUUUGUACCUGGGAAACCCACAAAUGUUGAGAAAUGUCUGACCCCAGAAGUACCAUUCAGGAGUUGGGGGAGGAAAGACUUAAUGUAAUAAAGAAAAAACUAUGCAAAAAUA